AUGUGCUGGCAGCGCCCAGCAAAGCGGUUUGCCAGGCCUCCCCCGCGGUCGCCAGUUUCGGCCGGGAGUCUUCUCCGGGGCCAGAAGGUCGGCCUCGAGGAGGGCCGGGAGCCCCCCGGGCGCCUCCGGUCAGGGAAAGCGGGGGCGAGGAGGCUCCCCGAGGGCCCUCAGCCCGGCCGCUCGCGGGAAGGGCGCCGGAGGCUGCCGGUCGGGGCCCGCCUCCCACCCGGCAGCCGCCGCUCGCCCCUGCUCCUCUUCCGCGCGGGCCUCGCCUCGCCGCCCCCGGGGCCUUCCCGCGAGAGACCCCCGGCCCUGCCUCCAAGCAGGACGCCGCGCGAGCCGCUGCGGGGGCGGGGCGGCGGGCGGAGCGGCGCCGCGCGGCCCAUGGCGGAGGCGCAGGCGGGCGCGGGCCGGGGGAGGCGGCGAAUGGCGCGGGCGGGCGCGGGCCGGGGGAGGCGGCGAAUGGCGGGCCGCGGCGCCGCCGGGCCUCCCUCGGGGGGGCUCGAUCCCUGCCUCGACGCGGGGCCCGCGGGGGAGCCGAAGCCCCCGGGCGAUGCCGACGCGCCCGAGCCGCCGACGCGCCCCGCCCCGUCCCUGCAGCAGGCCGAGGCGGCGCCGCUGUCGGCGUACGAGAGGAAGAGGCUGAAGAACAUCUCGGAGAACGCGGCGUUCUUUGCUUCCCUGAAGCUGUUUGAGUCAGCUGCCAGACUUCGAAAAAUGACCCUGAAAAGGAAGACUCAAGGAAUAAGGAGAGUCAAAUCUCCAAAGGCAGAAACUAAGACAGCUUGUCGAAGAUCCGUGCGUUUGCAGGGAAUAGAUCCACUGGGCGUUCCCCCGCCAGAGUCAGAAGCACAGCUGGAAUCUUCUGCUGAAGAGCACGCCCGGUUGCCACCAGGACCUCAUCAAAUGGUCGCUACUGUUCAGGAGCCAGAAGCUGACACAUUCCUCAGCACAUGGGCAAAAAUAAGUCAGGUGGAGCCAAAGAAGAGUGAGAAGAAUACAUGUAACUUAGAAAGUUACAGAAUUCAUCUCCAUGGGAUGGUCCUCAGGGAAGAACAUGUUGCAAAAGUGGUGAAGAGCCGGAUUUAUUCUGUGGCUGUCCAUCCCUCAGAAAGCAGAACUCUGGUGGCAGCUGGGGACAAGUGGGGGCAGAUUGGCCUCUGGGAUUUGGACUGCAGUUUUGAAAGUGGAAGGCAUGUCUUCAUACCCCACAGCCAGCCAGUUAGCUGCCUGCACUUUUCUCCCACUAAUCCUGCUCAUCUUUUAUCUCUGAGUCAUGAUGGCACAUUACGAUGUGGGGAUGUAACCAGAAGAAUUUUUGAGGAGCUGUACAGAAACGAGAGCCACAGCCUUUCCUCCUUUGACUUCUUGGCGAGCAAUGCCUCCACUUUGGUUGUAGGCACGUGGGAUGGAAGAGUGGCCAUAGUGGACCGGAGAACCCCGCAACACUCCCCUGAGCUCUCCGCAGAUCUUCAUGCAAAGACUCGGACGGUCCACGUUCACCCUGUCAAUAGACAUUGCUUUAUGACCGCGGGGGAGAGAAACGUCACUAUUUAUGACGCUCGGCACCUGAAGAACAGAAGCCAGCCGGUGCUUGCUCUCACUGGACACACCAAGAGCGUUGCUUCAGCUUAUUUUUCACCCGUGACUGGAAACAGAGUGGUGACAACUUGUGCUGAUGAUACGCUGAGGAUCUUUGGGACCAAAUGUUUAUCAUCUUUAGCUCCUAUCCUCACAACUAUACGGCACAACAACAACACAGGCCGAUGGCUGACCAGGUUCCAAGCAGUUUGGGACCCCAAAAGGGACGACUGCUUUGUGGUGGGGAGCAUGACGCGGCCGAGACAGAUCCAGGCCUUUCACGCCAGCGGGGAACUGGUGCACUCCUUUUCCAGCGAGGAUCGUCUUAACUCUGUGUGCUCCAUCAACUCCUGGCACCCCACCAGGUAUAUUGUUGUAGGUGGAAAUUCCAGUGGCCGCCUGCAUGUCUUUAAAGAGUGAAGAGGACAGAAGAAUGCUAAGAACAAAACAGG